AUGACACACAAUAUCCAAAAAUCUCUGAGGCAUGGAUUUUGCGAUGCCAUUUUUUCAAGUUCGCCUAUUAAUUUUGAUAAAGAGAAUACAGAUUCUCUCAAUAAAAAGGAAGAAACGUGUUCUGAUGUGUUGGACACACCUCACAAAGGAAUUCAAAGUCAAAAUGAAAAUAGAUAUUCAAAACGUGAAAAACGCAAAAUAUUAUUUAAUAAUGAUAUAGUUGAAAAGUCAAAACUAACAAAUACGCCUUUUACUGAAAAUUUAACUCGUCCAAAGUCUGUAAAUAUAUAUCAAAGAAAACAAGUUUUAUUUCCUGAGAAUACAGUACCUGAUACAAAAUGUAAAACUUCUACAAACAUAUCUACAACUUUAUUGAAUGAUAAGACUCCAACUAUGCAGUUUUGUACUCCCAAACAGUAUAAAAUGCGUACUGCUAUAAGCAAUACAAAGAUAAAUAUUUUACGUCCAAAUAGAACACCUAUAAAACGUUACUUUAGUGACAAUGUAUUAGCACAAGCUACUCCUGAUUGCUUCAGUGUGGUACAAGUAGAAACACCAUGUAGUAAAUCAAAUGAAAUGGGUAUAGAAGACCAGACAGUAUAUGAAGAAGAAAACAGUAAUUUGACUGUGGGAAUACGUGUUAGACCUUUAAAUGCAAAAGAAGUAGCUGAUUCAAAAGUUACACCAAUUGUGGAAGUAAAUGGUCAAAAUAUUGUUAUUACUUGUGAAUCUGCUCAGCAUAGUUUCAUGUAUGAUCACUGCUUUAUGUCACAUGUGGAUGCAUCAAAACCUGGUCAUGCUAGUCAAGAAAUUGUGUUUCAAAAUAUGGUUUUACCAUUGGUACAGAAUGCUUUUGAGGGGUAUAAUGUGUGCUUGCUUGCUUAUGGACAAACAGGCUCUGGUAAAAGUUAUAGUAUGAUGGGUCAAGAGUCAGCACAAAUGAAUACACUAUUAAUUGAUGAGGCAAGUGGUAUUAUUCCAAGAUUCUGUCAAGAAAUAUUUACAAGAGUAUCUGCUAAUAUGGAUACUAAUACCACAGUAGAAAUUAGUUAUUUUGAAAUUUAUAAUGAAAAAAUACAUGAUCUUUUAACAAAUGUUAAUAAUGGCAUAAAAAGAGCUCCUCUUAAAGUAAGGGAACAUCCUAUUGUUGGUCCAUAUAUUGUUGAUUUAAGCCAGCAUUGUGUACUAAAUUAUAAAGAUCUGCAGACUUGGCUCAAGGUGGGUAAUUCACAACGAGCUACAGCAGCAACUGGAAUGAAUGAAAAAAGUUCAAGAUCCCAUAGCAUAUUUAGUAUUAUAUUAACACAAACUCAAGUAAAUAAUCCGAUGGAUAAUGAACCUGUGGAUGCUAGUCGUCGAAGUAAAAUUAAUUUAGUAGAUUUGGCGGGUAGCGAGAGAUUAAGUCAGACGUGUGCGAGCGGUGAUAGAUUAAAGGAAGGUGUAUCCAUUAACAAAUCGCUGCUUACGUUAGGAAAGGUAAUUGCAGCUCUUGCUGAAAACACAAGUAAUCGUAAACGAGGCUUUGUUCCAUAUCGUGAAUCGGUUCUUACAUGGCUGUUGAAGGAAAGUCUCGGAGGAAAUUCAAGAACUGCAAUGCUUGGAACAGUGUCACCAGCCAAUAUACACUUAGAGGAGACGCUUGCAACACUUCGAUACGCUUGUCAAGCUCGAGCUAUCGUUAAUCGUAUUCGAAUCAAUGAAGAUCCACACGAGAAAUUAAUUCGAGAAUUGAAAGCGGAAGUGCUGCGGUUGCGUUGCGUUCGCGAAGGAUACGAGAAGAAACUUGGCAUAUCUCCGCGGUGUCUUCUCGAUUCUAUCGGACCGGUUAACGAAAGUAACGUUAAAAUUAAGCAGAAACAGGAAGAAAUCGAUAAGCUGAAGGAUCAAUUGAAAAAAACCGAGGAACAAUUAGCGACAACUCAAAUGACCUGGCAAACGAAAUUACGGGAUACCGAGGAGAAGAAGAAUUCUGAGUUGAAAUACUUACGUCGCUGUGGUAUCGCUAUCGAGCUCGAUUUUCACGAGAAGGAUAAACAACCGUGUCUUAUAAAUCUCGCGGCCGAUCCAAUGUUGUCCGGUACGCUUUUGUAUAUCAUUCCUCCGGGAUUGGUUCGAAUUGGAAAAAAUUCCGGUUGUCACAACUCUUCCGAACAUUUGGAUAUCAUGUUGGAUGGACCGCUGGUUAGGCCUUUACACUGUACUAUUGAAAACAAUAAUGGAAAACUUAUGUUGUCGUCAGAAAUGGAGGGAGAUACGUACGUUAAUGGAGAGGUGGUAACUGGGAAAGUUACUUUGAAACAUGGUGAUCGAUUAGUAAUUGGUGGCAAUCAUUAUUUUAAAGUCUCAAAUCCGCACGAUGAGCAUAGUAACAUACAAAUUUCAACGCAAGCUAUAGACUACGAAUUUGCUUAUCAAGAAAUCCUGAAAGUACAAGAAGGGAAAUUAAGAGCAGAACUGGAAGAAAGUAAACAGAAAGCAGUAAAAGAAUUAGAAAAUGCGAAGCGAGAAGUUGAGAUGCAAUUAGGAUCUCAAAAAUUAUCGUAUGAACGCAAAAUUGAAAUUCUUGGUUUUACGGUUGAGGAACAAAAAGUCGCAUUAGAACAAAUUUGUCAAAAGAAGAAAGAAUUAGAACUGGAAAAAGAAUUGCUUGAAAAUGAAGUUGAAACCAAUAAUAAAUUAAAGCAAAUACAAUUGGACCAAAAGAAAAUUAAUGUUGCGCCGUAUAAAUCUAAUUUUUUACAAGAACUGGAAAAUAUUUUAAACGAGCAGACAGCAGAUGCGGAAUUCGCUCUCAAAAUGAAAGCUAGCAAAGAUGCAAUAAGUGGUGGUGGUAUUAGUUUACAUGAAAUGCAACUUUUGGUAAAAGAAGCUACCGAACGAUGUAGAGAAGUCGGCAUUAAUUAUGAAUUUGAUCAACAGCAAGUAAUUGUUAAUAAAACUUUGCAACCAGUAAUUCGUAUACGUAACAAAGACAGCAUGAAAGAAACACUAUGGCAACCAAUGCGAUUUUUAGAUUGGGUUCAUCGUUUACGAGAUUACGAUAUAGAAGAUUCAAUAAAAGAGUUAUGCACAACAGAUGAGGUUUGGGAACCCUAUGAAAAUACGGAAACUUUCGAGGAUUCCUUAAAUAGUAGUCGAAUUUCGAUAAAUAUGACACCAGUGAAAAAACAUUUAAAUGAAAGUUUACAACAGCUUACAUUAGAUACUUCUGUACUUGGAAGCACGUUUAAUCAAACGCUUGAUAUUUCUAAGGAUCAAGAAACUAUAAAUACUUGCCUUAUUCAAAUAGAACUUGCUACAAAAACUUUACGCAAAUUAUGCGGUAGAAAUAGUGGAAUACAAACACUCACAGAAUCCCUUAAUAGUAUGCAAACCAUCAUUAAUAGUUUGCGUGAUAGUUUAGAAGUGAAAGACUUAAGUAAAUACACAAAUGAAAGCGUGACUUCUACUCUGAAUCACAGUAGUACUGUAAGUGAAAACUCUGACAAUAUAAAUACAUUUCCUGGAAAUUGCAAUAUAAAAUUUGCUUCACCAACAAAAUCUACGUUACGUAAUAAUGCUAAAGGUUUGGAUAAGAAAAGUGUAAGAUUUACAGGUAAAUUAAAAAAUGAGUUAACGUAG